ACUUCGAUUUCGAUUCGUUCUUGCACCAAGACGAGGGCGUCGGAGAUGGUAGUUUCAAUUUCGACGGCUUCCAAGGUCUAGACGGAGGCGAGAUCGGUGCCGAUUGAUCGUCGAGGCAUGUCAAGAGUCAACAAUUUCCCGGCGUUUUCGAGCAUACCUUCCGGCGUUAAGCGGAUCAUACCAUCUCGGUCCCGGCGUGUUCCAUGUCCAUGCGAAAAGAGUCCCGGUUCAAUGAUUAGAGAGAAGAGAGAGCAAAGUUCCAGGUGCCUGAAAAUUUCAUAUUUCUACAUAUACAUUCGUCGUUUCCGUGCGAUAGGAUAUGGGACGGUCAUGCUUCUUUUGUUUUAUGUUUAUGCUUGGACGUACCUAUAGUACCUGCUGUAUUCCCGCUGCCUUGCAGUGCGCAAGGCACAUGGCGGGAGGUGGAAUCUGGCGUUGGGGCUGAAUCUCAACCAUUCUUAUCUGUUUAUUACUGUUGCGAGUUUAGGUCGAGC